AUUGUCAAUGUCCAGCUCUGCUCCCGUACCGCUGAGCUUCCAGCAGCGGAUGGACAUCCUCAUGGGGGCGGCACGGGGCUUCGAGUACCUCCACAGCUUUGGCAUCGUGCAUCGUGACAUCAAGCCAGCCAACAUCUUGCUAGACCAGAACAUGCAGGCUAAGAUCUCGGACUUUGGGCUAGUGAGGAUGGGAGAGGGCACCACAGUUCGGAGUACUCGGGUGGUGGGAACACCGGGCUAUGUGGACCCCUCAUAUGUUGCAUCCAAUAAAGCCACCACCGCCACCGAUGUCUACAGCUUUGGCGUCCUCAUUCUUGAGCUGAUGACGGGGUGGUCGGCCGUUGAGGGAUUGCUAGCCAUUUCCUCUGAUGAGGAGUCCAACCUCCCUGUGAACAUCGUAUCCUGGUGACGUCCUGGAGGACAGCAAGU